UGCUGGUGUGACAUCCAUCAUCCACUGCUCUGUCCGUCCCUCUGUCUCUGCGACGCGGCUUACGCGUUCUUUGCUUCAGCGUAAGGGGCUUCUACUGCAAACUGUUUGACUAGACUGCUGUUGUGGCCUGAUCAGGUUUGGCUUUAGUCUCCUCGUGGCGCAGAUCGCCUUCGCGGGCUUUCCGGUCGGUCAUUGUGACGUGUCAGUGACAUUUGAAACUGGAGGAAAAUUUGGAUUUUCCCGUUCUUUAUACUCCGCGAUCUGGUGUAGCAGCCACUCCGAUCAACCGAACCGCGCUGUUGUACAGUCGGCCAUGACUGCUGAAGUGCAGAGCUCCCGCUUCCUCCUCCCCCUCCUUCCCAUGGCGCAUUCGACGCCUGUCUCCGCCGAUCCCGGUGCGUCCGCGUUUGCACCGUCCUCGCUGCACAGUGCAGCAAACCCUCCAUCAGAACCUUUCAGAGGGGAACAAGGAUUCGAGGGCCUUGAGCCGAUUAAUCCCUUUAGUCUCUCGCGUUCCUCCAUAGUUGUGUCCGCAAUCACCGCCGCAGCAGCCGCGACAAGCGCAGCGAACCUAGCCAAUCAGCAUUGCCUCCAGCCGAUGCCUGGUCUGCAAUCGCCGGCUGACGUCAGCUUACCCAUCGACAUCCCCCCCGCUCUCCGCGGGACGGCGGUAGUGGCGGUAACCGGCGCGGGGAUCGAGGCGAACGCGCUGAGCCCGCAUUCCACGCUGAGCGGCGGAGUCACGCAGAAGAUCUUCCUCAGUACGCAGUCCUUCCGCAGCUUCCCCCCCAACCUCCCCCUUUCCGCGCUCGGCUCCUGCUCCUCCUCGGGGUCCUCCUCCCCCUGCGGCGGAACGGCGGAGCGCGGCUCGCAGUCGCUUUCUGCGAAGCGGAAUCACGGGGGAUCAGAGAACCUGCUGAAGCGGAUUAAUUUUAGUAUGUCGAUGCCGAACCUGCACGGCUGGUUGCGGAAUAAGGACAGACGGCUCGAGGAAAAUUAUGGCGGGUCCGCGCACGGGCCGGAGGAGGGGAGCGACCUGGCAGCUAUUUUUGAGGUGCCGCAAAUCACCGCGCCGAACGCGGCGCAGAACCCGGUGCAAAUCGCUGUGCGGAACGCGCUGCAGAACGUGGACGGGAGCCCGUCUGGAAUUGCGGUGAGCCGCAGCCACAAGGAAACGGUGCGAGAGGUGUCGUGGACCGGCGCCGUGGGCGUGACUGAAGGGGAGGACACUACAACGAGGUCGCCGGGCAAAUGGCGGAUUUCGCGGAGCAGUCGCAGCCACAGGGAGCACCAUUCGCGAACUGGCUGGGCGACGAUCGGCGACAAGAUUCGCCUGUCGUCGCUGUCGUCGAGUCGGUUGCUACCUGGGAAGAACUUCUUGCGAAGCCAUCACGGGUCGAUGAAUGCCAUGGGCUUCGCAGGAGCCACGGGGGCCAUGGGUCCGUCGGGAGGCGAGGACCUUAUUAACAUGAGUCUUGCCCAGUCCUGCGCCGCUCCUGCUCCCGGAAAUCCACAAAGGCCGACGGGGGUCGCGGCGGAGGCAGCGGGGGCCGAAGGGGGGCGCGAGGGGGAGGGCGCGGAUUGUGAGGGGGGCGAGGCGGAGCUGUUGGGCCUGGAGGCGGAGGAAGGGAUCGUCGUGUCCUGGUCUUUGAGUAGCGACGCUGGGGGCCGGGGGGAUGGCGGAGCCGUGUGCGCAUCCACGGCGGAAGCGGGGGACUCAGCGGGGGGAGCGGAAUGGGCGGAAGGGGUGGCGGGGGAGGACCGCAUGCAGGUGGUGGCCUCCGGUAACGGCUACGUGUUCUCCGCCGUUUACGACGGGUUCACUGACACGUCAGCAGCGGAUUUUCUCCUCGCGAAUCUGCACACGCGCUUCGCCGAGCAACUAGUCGCUCGCGGCUUGCAUUUCGGGGAGGCGAAAUCCUAUGCCUCACCGGCCGCGGCGCAAGGAACCGACUGUGCGGCGGCUGAAACAGCGGCGGACGUAGCCGCGGUAAAAGAUGCGGGAUUCGGGGGGCAGGGGGAAGCCGCCGGGGGCGCGCAGGUGCAGGUCACGCCGCGGCGGCACGAGAAGGUUCUAGAGGCACUAGCCGCGGCUUUAAGCGAGACGGAAGCGGCGUACUUUGAGUCGCUGGAGGAGCGCAUGGCGGAGCGGCUGGAGCUGGGCGUGGCGGGCGCGUGCCUCGUGGUGGCCGUGGUGGCCGGGCGCGAGCUGUACGUCAUGAACCUCGGGGACUGCCGCGCCGUGGUGGUGGCGGAGGGGGGGGGAGGGGAGGAGGUGGCGGAGGGGGAAGGCGAGAAGAAGAUGGGGGAGUUGCGCGCGACGCUGCUGACUGAGGACCACAACACGAGCAACGAGCAGGAGGUAGAGAGGGUGCGGAGGGAGAGGGCGGACGAUCCAGAUGCGAUCACAAAGAUGCGAGUCAAGGGCAAGCUCAAGGCCACCAGGGCGUUCGGUGCCGCCUAUCUCAAGAAUCCUCAAGUCAACGCCAUGCUCCUGGGCAUGCUGCGGGUGCAGUACGUGGGCUCACAGCCCUACAUCUCCUCUUCGCCGCACCUCCACCACCUCACCCUCUCCCCCUCGCACCGCUACCUCCUCCUCUCCUCCGACGGCCUCUACCAGCACAUGACCCCCGCUGAUGCUGCUGCCUCCGUGUCCCGCGCUCUGGCUGCUGCGAAGGCGUCUCGUGCCAGCAGGAAUUCGUGUGACGGGGAGACGUGCGGGCUGAAUCUCUCACAUGCACUGGUGCAGGAGGCGCUCGAUCGAGCUGCGAAAAGAGCAGGUAUGACUGUCGAGCAACUCCUUCAAAUACGAGCAGGGGAUUAUCGCCGGCAAUUGCACGAUGAUUUGUCGGUUACAGUUUUGGAGCUGCAAUGCUAGCUUCGUUGUUGUCACAUACUAAACCCCCACUGCGUGCCAUGGCUGGUGGUCAUGCACUGGCCUUAGGCAUAAAACAUUGAUACCAAUGUGCUAUGCUAUAGUUUCAAAUGAAUGUGAAGCUUCUCU